UGCUUAACUGCUUAGGUAAUGUUGUAACGAGGUCAACUCUAAACAAAAGAAAUUCUAAAUAUCGAACUAAGCAUUAAAUAACCAAAUUAACAUUAAGAUUGUUAACGUGAAAAAGGUGCUUCUUAAAAAACAAAGGUCUAUUUUAUAUUAUGCCUCAAUUAAAUUCUCCACGGGUAUGUAUAAUCGGCGCUGGUCUCGCCGGUAUAACAUCAGGAAAAAAUUUACAAGAUCAGGGACUCAGUUUCACCAUUUUAGAAGCUACGACUACUUUUGGAGGCACUUGGAGAUACGAGCCAAGAGUAGGAGUGUAUGAAAAUGGCCUUCCAGUGCUCUCAAGCAUGUAUAAACAUUUAAGAACUAAUCUACCAAAGCCUACGAUGGAACUGUCAGGAUUUCCCAUGCCUGACGAUGUACCGUCUUUCCCCACAUGGGAGGUCUACUACAACUAUUUACAACGAUAUGUACAUCAUUUUCAAUUAGAAAAAUAUAUGCAGUUCCAACACUAUGUAAUACGUGUAUCCCGAGUGAAUGGUGUAUGGAGAGUGAGGCACAAAUACCUUCCUACUGGUGAAGAGAUAGAAGAUGAAUUUGAUUACGUCAUCGUUGCUACGGGACACUUCAGUCAACCUAACAGACCUGUGCUGAACGGAGAGCAUCUUUUUAAAGGUAAUAUCAUCCAUAGCCACGACUAUAGAGAGCCAGAUUCGUACAGAGGUCGCAAAGUACUGAGUGUCGGAGCUGGUCCAUCUGGGAUGGACAUCACUCUUGACAUCGCCAGUGUAGCAGACACAGUUUACCACAGCCACCAUUCACCAAUGAAAUUUAAAGCAGAAUUUCCACCUAACUACGUAAAGAAGCCAGACAUCAAGGAGUUUAACGAGACUGGUGUUAUGUUCGUUGAUGGGUCGUACGCCGAUGUUGAUGAUGUUAUAUAUUGCACUGGAUACCUCUUUAAUUACUCAUUCCUGGACGAGAGUGCAGGUUUGAACAUUAGCUCCAAGAGCGUGAUGCCACUGCACAAGUUUAUGGUGAACAUCAACGAACCCUCACUUAUCAUCGUGGGUCUCAUUGAGAAGGCAUGCCUUGCGAAAGCACUGGAAGCUCAGGCACGAUACACAGCAGCUUUAGUGAAAGGCAAAUUCUCUUUACCCUCAAAAGCGGAUAUGAUGAAGGAGUGGCAGCGGAGAGCUGACGCAUGUGCAGAGCGAGGAUUAACCUUCGGGAAGUUACACUAUUUAGAAGAAAGAGAGGAUGAUUAUUAUGAAGAAUUAUCUCAAGAAUCUGGUAUAGACAGGGUCCCACCUGUUAUUUACAAAAUCCGCCAGACAGACGCCAAAGCAAAGAUUGAGAAUUUGCUCACAUAUAGAAAUUAUGUAUACGAAAUCAUUGAUGACAAUACGUUUCUGAGGCGAUUAGAAGGCGAUACUGAAGCACAAUAGUUUUGUCUGGGCAUACUAGUAUUGUACGAAAUUAUAGGAUAUUCGAGUCACGUUUACUUUUCUUUAAAAGGCUCUGCCUUAAAGUAAAUCAAAACUUUCAAAAUCAGCGGACUAGCUGGUUUGCUGAAUUCUGAAUAUCCCGCCAACCGGUAAAACCCGCCAUUUUCUUCUUCAGUAACGUUAAAAUAAAACUAUUGUUAAUUUUUAGCAUUUAUUGUCAGAAAUGAUAGUGUAAAAGAUGGUAACAUUAAUUUUAAAUAUUUAAUUAAUUAUUUCACAACUAUUUUUAUAUAGUUAAAAAACACUACUUAUUGUAGGUUAAAUAACUUCAUUUUUUUGUUCAUACUUGUUAAAUUUAUACAUAAUAAAGUACAUUUAUAUGAAAUACAUAGUCUAACUAAUAAAUGGUUAUGUGUUAUGUU